AUGGAAUAUUUCCUCCGUGCAUUCGCAAAGGGUGUGGCAUGGUCUGCUGCAGCACUGCAAACUGCACAGUUCAUCAGGAAGGGGCCAUACAUGUCUAGAAAGGUGUGGGAGUGGUCAAAGGCCUACAUCCAGGACCGCAGGAACCUACCAAUGUCCAAGAGCAGCCGAGAGCAGAGCAAUUCAUGGAUUGAGGAUGAGGAUUUGAAGGACGAGUUACUCGUCACAGCCUCGGCAAUCAUCGAACAUCUUGCAAAACCAGACAUACAACACCAAUACAAUCUGUCAAAGACAGUUUCAUUAGCGACAGCUCAGUCCUGGAUGAAGACUUGCGGUUUUCACUGGACUACUGCCAAAAAUGGGCAAUAUGUCGAUGGUCAUGAACAAGAGGAUGUUGUCAACUACCGACAGAACAUAUUUCUACCU